AUGGAGGGACUCAUUCCUUUGGUCUGCAAAGCUUUCAGGAAGAACAAAACUCGGAGGCAAUAUGAGUGUCUUUCAGUUGGUGCUGCACUAAGUUACAACAUCUCAGAUUUCUACACUCACGAGGCACCUAAAAGUGAGCUACAUUUCCAACCAUCCAUGGAGAACACAAAUUCUCAGAAAAAAGUUCAUCGGAGAUUUUGGUCUGUUCAUGAAGAUUUCUCAGGUGGAUUUUCGUCACCGGCAGUUCGUUCCACAACUGCUGCUUCUCCUCAAACAAAGCAGCUUGCGAGGUUCAGGAGCCAAAGAGUUUAG